GUGCAUUAAAGACUCAAGUGGGUUGUCAUUGUGCGGUCACUUCGAUCACUUUACGAGGUCACAAAUUUCCCACAUUCACAGGCCACUAGCUGAAUAAGAUUUCAUCCCUUUUAAAACACCCCUCCACCUGCUCCCCAGAGAUGUGCUCAUUGUGUUUAGAGCAAUAAGGGCUUCACCAGCCAUGUGGCAACCAAACGCUCCCAUUGGUUGCAGACCGUGAGAACCUCCAGCAAACUCCAAACUCACACAUUCAUAUGGAGAUUUGGGAGUAUAAAUAGAGGAGAGAGUGAAGAGAGAACAGCACAUCUCAGAACUGAACCUCAAACAGACCUGAACAGCAGACACACAGUUAUGGCACCUACAAUCAGUGGAUCAUUGAUUUACACUGCAGAACAACAUCCAUUGACAAAUAAGCUAAGAAAGCCAAUAGUGGAGAAGAUCCGCAGAGAACGUAUCAACAGCAGUAUUGAGAAGCUCAAGUCUUUUCUGAGUCAAGAGUUUCUGACACAACAGCCCGACUCCAGACAGGAGAAAGCUGAUAUCCUGGAGAUGACGGUUGAUUUCUUGAGACGACAGCAGCAGAAUCUCUCCACCUGCUCCACGGCAGCUCAUGAGGGCUACUCCAGAUGUGUGCAGGAGGCUGUCAACUUCCUGUCUCAGUGUCAAGUGCAGACUCAGACCCACAGCAGACUGCUGAAGCACUUCCUCAACAUGCAGCCUCCCAGAGAGAAGAGCACAAGUGUACUGCCUCAGCUCAAUUCACCAGCCUGCCAGACCAGCAGCAAAGAGCAAACUUCAGCCUGCAGUGGACUCUGGAGACCCUGGUAGACCUCAAGGACACCUUAUGAUUUAUGAAACAGAAUUGAAAGUGCCAGUCUGAGAUUGGCAUGGACUGAAAUUCUAAUGUAGGAAUUUAUUUCCACUUCUGCUGCAUUUGCAGAAUGCUUAAACUACUUUCAGAGAAAGUAUGUGAUUUAUUGAAACUGUGUGACCAUCAAUAUUUUGUCAGAUUGUGUAGAAUCAUUUGCCAUGUAAAUGUAUUAUUACAUUCAUGAAAAAUAAGGUACAAGUAUUUGGUCAUAAAAAAGUUCAAGUAUGAUUCAGACGUUUAAGCUCUUGUAAACCUUUCACCCAUAAUGGAUUUAUACUCUGCAUCUUAAGGAUGUUUAAACUGCUAUCGUUUACUGAAAGCAUGUGAUAUAUACUUGAAAUUUCAAAUCCUACUGUUAUUACAUUAGAAAUAUUUCUUCAUUUGAAGAUAUUUUAUUCUGUGUGGAAAGCACAAUUGCUUGAUGUUAUUGUUUGCAUGUGUUACCAUGAAUUGGACUUUUACCUUGUAUACUCACUGUGUGAUUGAAUUUUAUCUUUUAUAAGCAAAGUUAAGUUCUUACCUUAUUUGAAGGUGCCUUCUGUGUUUUAGUUCAUAUUGAAGUACAACAUAAAAAUAAAUGUGAAAAACAUAAUCUGUAAAGUGUCUUUGAAUUCUUAAACAAUUAAAUUAACUCACAAA